AUGGGAUUCGCGAAAGUUUUACCAGCACUACUCUUUGCUUUGCCCUUGAUUGAGGCCAAGGUGCCCAAAGUCCCUGGAUUUAAGCUCACCUGGGCCGAUGAUUUUACCGGCCGCCGCAAUACCCUUCCGGAUCCCGACAAUUGGAUCAUUGACACCGGCACUAGCUACCCGGGCGGUCCUCCUGCUUGGGGUACCUGGGAAAUCCAGACGUACACCAAUAGCGUGAAGAAUGUCCGUGUAAAUGGGAAAGGAAACCUUCAGAUUACCGCCAUCAGGAACUCUACGAGCGGAUGGACAAGCUCUCGUAUAGAAACUCAACGGACCGACUUUAUGGCUAACCCGGGUGGAAAGAUGAGAAUCCAAGCCAGCCUCAAGACUCCUGAUAUGAAAGGUCACGGUUACGGCUACUGGCCAGCUUUCUGGACUCUUGGCAGCGAGUACCGCGGAAACUACUGGAACUGGCCGUUCGUUGGAGAGAUGGACAUCAUGGAAAAUGUCAACGUAGGCGACCGCGUAUGGGGCGUCUUGCACUGCGAUGUUAACCCCGGCGGUUUCUGUGAUGAAUCCAAUGGCCUCGGUAACAGCACUUCCUGUCCUAACAGUCCUUGUCCCGGAAACUUCCACACCUACGCUAUUGAGGUUGAUAGAUCGGCCGAGCCUGAAAUUCUGCGUUGGUUUGUUGACGAUGUGCAAUACCAUCAGGUCAAUGCCACCCAAAUGUCGAAGGCGGUAUGGGCGCAGACUGUUCACAAGCCUCACUUCAUCUUGUUGAACCUAGCGAUGGGUGGUGGCUUCCCGGAUGGUGUUGCUGGGAUGAAGACACCCUUGAACUCAACUGUUUCUGGUGGAACAUAUGAGGCAGAGUACGUUGCUGUCUAUAACACGGUUUCUUAUUGA